CAACAUUGCAGUUGCAAUGCGUCAUAGAAAACUGAACUCUGAAGAAAUAAUAUUUCAGUGAAGACAACAAGAAUCGCUACGUUGACAAUUUUAUGUGAUAAUGGCAGACAAAAGGAAAAUUAAAAAACGAAAAGAGGAAUUUGGUGAACCGCCCGUGUCUGAGAAGCCAACGAGUGAAGAGUACGCUGUCGCGAAAUGGUUGAAGGCUAACGUUCCUACAAAGAAAACCAAAUUUCUCAACCACCACGUCGAGUACUUCACAGGCACAAAGGCUGUGGAUGCGCUUCUCACAUCGAAAUGGGCAACUGGAAAGAAUCCGAUCUUCACAACGCGUCGCGAAGUAUCCGACUACCUCCACCAAAUGCUCGUGCACAAACUAUUCCAUAGAGCAAAGAAGGUGCCAGUUAGUGAGCAAGAAUUGAAAGGAAAGUCGAAGAAGAAAGAUAUUGAAAAGUCAAGCAAGAGUGGAGAUGAGAAGGAUGGAGAAAAGAGUCAAGCGAGUGCCUGUGAAUCUAAGGACACAAAAGACAAUAAAGAUAAUAAGGACAAGGAAAAAGAGAAAAAGAAACGUAAGAUCCGUUUAGAAAUGCACAUGGAGCAAUUGUUCUUGGACAGUUUGGACGCGUACGUGUGGAUCUACGACCCGAUGCCCUGGUACUACUGGCUGUGUGGAGCGCUCGUUGUCUUUGGUACGAUUGGAGUGUGCAUGUUCCCACUCUGGCCAGCUACUGUCCGGAAAGGUGUGUAUUAUCUAAGUGUGGCAGCUGCUGCGUUCCUCGUCAUGAUCAUAGUGUUGGCUGUGCUACGAGUUGUUGUGUUUUGUCUGGUGUGGAUACUGACUCUUUCACGACACCAUCUGUGGCUGCUACCAAAUUUGACCGAGGAUGUUGGAUUCUUUGCAUCUUUCUGGCCACUUUAUAAGUACGAAUACCGCGGGCCGGGUUCCGAAAGUGAUAAGUCGUCAAAGAGCAAGAAGAAACGCAAGAAAGACAAGCAUUCAGAUGAGGAAGAAGAAAAAACUCCGCUAGUGCAAGCAGAGAAACCGGCAGAGCCAAGCGUAGAGGCAACACCAAUUUCUCAAAUGGAAACUGUAGAUUCCAAGGAAGAACCACAGGAUCCGACAGUUUCCAACACAGAUAAGCUCUCAGAGUCGGAAUCGGAGAAUAGCCAACGAUCUUCAACCGAUAGAGACUUUGAGAUGGUUGAGCCAGCGGACUUUGAACCCGAUCCGAAGGAAAACGCAACAUAGAUAUAGUAAAUAUUAGAUAAUACUGACUCAUUGGGACAGAUUCUAGAUGAUUAUAUUAUUGUUUUGAAUUAUGAAAAUCAUCAAUUUUCUGCAAGAAAUCAUUACCUGCAAAAUAUCACCAAGUACCCAUAUGCUACUAUUCAUUUAAUACAUUUAAAUAAUAUGCACGGUAACACACAAGCAUAUUAUUAUUCUUUAAAAUAACGAUAUAUUAGCUAUAGAAAUAUUAAUGUGCAUAUGAUGCAAAUUAUAUUGAUAUAAACUUUGUUUGCAACUAAUGAAUUCUUGCACUAAGACAAUGAAAUGUGCAGUUUUAUAUAUACAAGCAUAUUAUUUAAUUGAAUGAAUCAUUAAUAAAAUCUACGAUGUGGAAUAUUUUUUUAUUAAAACAAAUAGAAAUCCAUAACAAGAUGAGUAAUGGUGACAUCCUGAAAAACUCCCGCUACUGGGCAAAGCCGUACUCCAUUAUUAAGGAGUUCUACCAAGUAGUAAUGGAGCCUUAUGAAAAGUAUCAUCAUCAUCAUCAACCCUUCGUCGUCGGUUGAUGGAAAUAGGCCUCUCCAAUGGCACGCCACUGAGCUCGAUCUUCAGCUCUUAGUCUCCGUCUGCUGCCAGCCACUUUGAAGGAAUUGCUUUAAACUUUUGUUGUUCUACCUUCGGUUUAUUGUUUUUUAAUGACAAUGACAUGUUUGCUAAUAGCAUUGAUGAUAAUGUAUAAUUAUUUUGUUUAAAUAAUUCUUUUGAUUGAAAACAUUUGUAAUUUCUGUCUAUUUUUUGGGAUUUAAUUAAUUUUAUCAGAUUUUGUUAACUUUAAAAGAGUACAGAAGAGAAUUUGUAUCCAGAGACGUUGGAUAGUACAUUAAAAGUUGAUAGUUAGUAUUUUAAAGAACUCUCAUUAAAAGUGAAAAAAGAUUUUAUAUAAAUGGAAUGCAACAAGAUAAAUACUAGUAAAAUACAAUUCAAGAACUUCAACAUGGCAACACUGGUUUUUUUGUUUUGUAUUUUUACAUAUUUUGCAUUUACUUAUAUGUAAGUCGUAAAGCAAUUUUUCUUGUAUUUUAAUUUUGUUCAUGAUCAUGUAAACAAGAAUGUAUAUAACGUAACGCAUUGGUUUUGUAGACAAACAUAGUAUAAUAAUUUAAAUUAGGUAAUGAAAUGUUUUUUUUUAUAUGUGGACCAAAUUAUUGCAUUGUUAUGGUACAUUUGUAUCAAAGGCGACUUAUGUUGCCAACAAAAGUUUUAAACAAUGUUAUUUGAUUGUUGGUCUCUAUCUAAAGAUUUGCAAAUAUGAUAUUGUUAAUUAUUUCAUUGGAAACACGGCAUAAAAUACCCACGAACUGUACUUGAAAUUAUAUUACUUUAUAAACGUCGCUUAGCGGUUAUUUAGUUAAAUACUGAUUUCUCUUCUUUCUUCAUACGCGGAUUUCUCUUCUCUCUCUUUCCUCCAUUAUUGAUUUGAUAUUCGAAAGAAGAAGACAGCAUUGUUUAACUAAUCACCCGCUAAUCGUUUAUAAGAAAGGCCGAUAAUCUUUUCAAUUGAAACUAAUUCGAUAUUACGUCAUAAAAAUUUCAAAGUCAAAUUUGAAUGUAACAUUCAAGUGAAACGUUUUUGCACGAGAGGUUUUCAUUGCAAUAAACAUUUAUUUAUUAGAAAUGUGUAUUUGUAUGUCUGUAUUCGUCUGUCCCAGUGAGUUUUAAUAAAAAUAGAUCGAUUAGUUUUCAAAUUUUUUUUUUUUUAAUAUUCGACAACGUGAUAUUUUUAAUUUGGGACAUUGAUAGAAGUAUUUUGGUGAUCAAGUUUUUUUUUUUUUUAAUUAGAAAUAUAUAUGAAAACAAAUCUUAUACAAAUUAUAUAUUUAUAUGUAUAUUUUUAGUGUAAUUAAAAAAUAGAAAACUAUUUAGCGUUUAGAUAAAAUAUUGUGUUGUCUUUGCACAUUAAUAUUGUUUACUUUAUUCGUGUGUAAUAUAAUAUUUUGGUGCUGUUUAGUUACGAGUUUUAAAAUGACCGUGUAUAAUUAAAAAAAUAAUAAUUGAGAAAGAAAAUGCUUUUAGAAAUAUAAAAAUAUUAAUCCAAACAAAAAAGAAUGGAUAUCAUGAAUAAAUACAAAAAAAAAAAUAAUAAUAUUCUUUUCUAAAACUUAUAUCGUUCUGUAAUUUUUUUCUUUUUAUAUAACGAGUAAACGAAUAAAUAUAAAAGUGGCCUAUAAUGUUUGAAUUAUUUUAAUUUAUUUAAUUACUCAAUACUUUCGCGAUUCGUCGGCUUGUCAAUUAUAUCUGUCGAAGAUAUUCUUUCUUGUAAAAAAUUGUACUCCUUUGUACGCUAAAGGUAAGAACUAACGGAACGAUUCUCACGCAGCUGUCGAUGUUAUAUGACUUAUAAAACUCAGCAAUAUUAAUAUUCAAUCAUUAUAUCUUUCAUAUAGUAAUUACACUAAAUCAGUUUUUAGAGUAUAAAUUUAUAUUUUUCAUUUAUAGCACGUGUAUUGCGUGCGGAAAAUAUGCACCGUGAGUACUUGCUUAGUUUUUGUAAAUAUUUCGUUCUCGUCUCAAGAUCUUACAUCAACGCAACAUGACGAUGUAUCGUGACGUUGAUAUACGUCAAUCAAAUAAAACAAUAUAAUCUA